AUGGCCACCCGCACCCUCAACACCAUCACCUCUAUCCCUCGACGGCCGCUGCCUCCCCUGCAUUGGCCAACUUAUCUUCGUUCUCAGGAGACGCAGUUUAUGGCCAAAGCCCACCUUCCCACCGCACUUCCUUUCCCCCUCCCUCCCAACAUCCUGCUCCUCUCCACUUUCACAACCGUCAAGCCUACCCUACUUAUUCUUCGUCGCUUCCACAGGACUCCUUUCCCCGCACCAUCUCCCAUCCAACAAAUUACGUCUACGACGGGGCUCAACCUUACCUUCCAACCUCGUCCAACUCUACCCCGACACGGUGGUGGAUUCGAACGCAUGUCAAACUACGAAUCCAAACCUUCCUCCACCAACAGUGACUACGACCGAGGCGUCAGCAGUAAUUUGCCAGAGUACUCUUACCCAAUGGCACCCACUCAUCGACUUCAGCGCGACCUUCCUCGUCCCAACAUUCGACUGCAGCAACCUCACUACCAGGACCAGCGUGAACAGCCAUCGUACCAGCACCGACAACAUGCACAGCAUCAAAAUAUUCCCGAUCCAAGCCUGCAGAAUCUUCUCAAACAACCACAAUUAGGAUCACAUCAACCGCCUCAGCCACAGGAAGUUCCCCAACGGAUACCGCCACCAAUUCGCACCCGUUGGAGUGACAACGGCCCCCCACCACUCUCUUAUCCGAGUGGUUCGAGCUCGAUGAUGAGCAUUAGCAGUGCUAGUCAGCGCUUCUCGCCCUCCACACCACGCACCUUGCUCUCAGGAUCCACGUUGCGACAGUCGUCCUCAGAAGAUUAUCCUUUAACAGAAUCGCCCCUCGACUUUCGAGAGUUUACCUACCCGCAACGGAUUAGAGUCGGCGUCGUUCGAAACAAGUACGACCGUGACCAUGAUCACGAUAUGGAGCAGUGCUCUGAACAGGACGAUGCCCGUGAACGCGAUGCCGGACACGUUGAUGAUCUCGACGAUACAAUGGUGACUCCUGGCAAGAGACAGCGUCUGAGCAACAGGGCCAGUCAACCAACUCCAGCAAAGUACAUUAACUCUGGGUUGAAGGCGGCAAACGCUCACAUGAAAGUCGAUGCGGAGGUAGUGGAGCACGAAGAUGAACAGAGUUCUUUGGCAUCAACCUCCAGUAGCCGCAAGCCUAGUGUCUCGGGGAGUAUCCAAGGAGAUGAAAGGCCGAGCCCCAGCAAGUCGAAAUCGUCAAAGACAACGGCUGCCACUGCGGCCACUCAAAAGCGGCUCCAACGGCAGGCUUCUGACCAGAUGACACUUGGAGAGGUCAUUGACAAGAUCGACGAGGAGAUCCAUCCGGAGGAUGAGCCCCAGUCAUUGGCCGGUAAAGGCCUGCGCAUCUAUGCUCAAUGCGUGCGCAGGCGGGUGGAGGCCAGAGGUUCCACAUCUUACAACGAGCUUGUGCAUGAGCUUUUUGGUGGCAAGGCUGGCGAGAACGUCGACGACCUGCCAGAGGUCCCUGGUCAGGAGAACAUUCGCCGUCGAGUAUAUGACGCGCUCAACGUCUUGGAGGCGCUCGACAUUAUUUCAUUCGAAAACAAGGACAUUCGUUGGGUGGGACUGGAAGAGUCCAAGGUUGUGCAGGAAGUUUCCAAGCAGAAGGCAGCACAGGUUCUCGCCCAGCAGGGUCGUCUGCCUCACAACGAUGAAGGCGACGAAGAGAGCGAGGAACCAGAGGACGACGACAUGGAGAUUGAAAAGCUUCAGCAUGUGCAAGUGUUGAAUCUCGUCAAGCGCAACAAGAAACGAGAGACCAAGGAGCAGGAGAAGGAGGAGCGACGACGUCAGCGCAAGGAAGAGAAGCACGCUAGGAUAUUAGCAGCUGAUCAAGAUCCGUCCAUGACUGAUGUUGGGCCUAUGGAUUGUUCCGACUCGACAGCUCCUAAGGCUGAUCGUCAGCAUCGUCGACGCAGGACGUCUCGGAAGACUUCUGAGAGGCCGGAGGGCGAAGUUGCUACUGAUUCAAUGGACGACGAGACACACAUGAGAGAAACGGAGAGCGAGGAGGCGCGCCAGCAAAGGAAGCAGGCGCGUCGGGAGAGACGUGCGCGCAAGGAGGAGAGAGCGCAGAGGAAGAGUGAGAAACUCGAUCGCGUUCAGCUACCAUUUUUUGCUGUCCGUAUGCCUGGCUAUACCGGCCAGAAUUCUGAUUCAGAAGAGAACAUUUCAGUCGUUCGACGCUACCGCGAAGAACAAACACCCAGGAAGAGUGGGAAGAGCAAGCGCCAAUGCGAAUCGACGGGCGAAGAAACCACUCAAGUGAGAAUCCAGAUCCCCCAGAACGACGAGCUGAGUGUCAUCUCGGAUACAGAGAUCCUUGGGGACCUAGGGUACAAUGCGGUCACGCUGGAAGAUCUGCAAGCCAUGCUGCCAAAUGAUCUGAUGGAGUCUGCGCAGUACGUUGUUAGCGCCAGAGAUCGCCACUUGAGAGCUCGGCGCCGUAAUAGCGACAUUGUAUCGAUUGUUGAUGGACUGGUCAUCCAUAGUGAGGAAGACCAUGAGAGCAGCGCUACGAAUGUGAUUGUCCGCGGAGGCCACGAGCGCCAGAUUGUUCGUGCCGCCAGCGAGACUGUAGUAGCUUAG